CGCUCAGCACGAGUACACGCGAUAUUAAAGGAUGUCCCACUAAUUUAUAACAAAAAUUGUGAAAUUAAUACCCAACAUGCCUAUAUUGAAAAAUUUUGUAUAUCUCUUCAUAGGUAAAGUUGAUAUAUUUAAGCCUAUAUGAUCAGGGGUUUUUGUCAUUGAGUUCUAUAGAGUUAUUAUAGAACUCAAUGGUUUUUGUGCAUUGGUUUUGUGGGUAGCCGCUGCGCUUGCGCGUUCUUCUGUCCGUCGUAAUCGUCGGUGAUAGUCGGAUAUACGAACGAUGGCGAACGAUAUAAGUAAUUGCGUUGAAAAGCACGAAAAAAGCGCAAAUCUGGCCGUUGACUGAAUACGGAAAUUUUUGAAUACGCUUUCAGACUGUAUAUUUCUGAAAACGUUGUCUGAGUUGAAUACGUGUUCAUUGGCAAUCAGUUGCAGUCUCCUCAAAUAUAUACAGUGACCAUUGACGAUGACCGUUGACAUCAAAACUAGGCUCCAGGCUAUAAACCUCGUGAUUUGUGCUCUUUCUUUCAUACUUGUCACUCAUUGGUAUCAGACCAUAUCAGACUUUAUUUCAGUGAUUGCACAGUUCAAGUCAUAUACUUUUCUCCUAUAUAAUAUUUUAUGGACGUUGAGAAAAAUUUGCUAUCCAGUGGAUAACGCUAUCCAGGCUUCGUGCAACCGGCCCCUGGUAUUUUGGCGAUUUAACGUUUCGUGUGGACCUUUGCGUCAGUGAUUGUGUGGACCAGUAAAUGCGAUUUAGAAAUUUGAAAACGAUACGCCUGUUGUGGACGCAUUUUUUGUUAAAAAAACGGGAAAAAAUCUUCGCAUUUUAAAAAAUCCUGAAAUACAUGUGAAAAAGGCCGGAGUUUCAUCAUCACUGUUCAAGGAGACUUAGGACUUAGCGGUAUUAAGACUGAAGUUAAUAGGAUUUUUAACGAUCAUUUCAUUCAAAUCCUAAUGGAAAAUGUUAACGAUGCUGCUAAGUCAUGGUCUGAACCGCGAAACCACUAGUUUGUACGAAAAGACUCGUCCAGAUUACAAUCUGGAUUCGGUGAAAUAUCUUUUGGAAAAAGUAGGCGCUUUAAAGAAACAUUCUGGUCCUGAACCUUUCACCAUUGUUGAACUUGGUGCAGGUACUGGCAAAUUUACAAGAGCCGUUCUCAAAGUGUUGAAACAACAUAGUGUCGAAAAUUUAAAAAUCAUCGCGACGGAACCAAUAUAGUCAAUGUGUGAUAAAUUCAAAGAAAUGGUACCUGAAGUUGAAAUAAUACAAUGCUCUGCAAGUGAUUUAUCAGGUUUGCCAAAUAAAUGUACAGCAGAUGCAGUUUUAGCAGCACAAUGCUUUCACUGGUUUGGAAUGGAGGGAAGAGCCCUUGAUGAGAUUCAUCAAUUAAUUAAACCUCAGGGUACUUUGGGUAUAAUCUGGAAUUUACCAGAUCGUUCAGUUUCUUGGAUCAAGACUUUUGAGGAGUGGCUUGAUCCUAAAUUUGAGGCGACUAAACUUCCUCGUCCGGCAGAUGCUGUCAUGUUUGUUCCCUUACGAAAUCAUGGAGGUUUUGAUAAUGAGCUUAUUGAUGAAACAACAUUUAAGUAUUCUAUGGAUUUUGACAUGAAAAGCUUGAUUAAUCGUUAUGAAUCCAACAGUGUAUGAGCGAGAAAUUAGACGGUAUUCCACCAUCACAUGUUGUCAACAUUGAAACAAAUAUGGCGAUAAGUUGUUUGUUUUAUUUUUCAUCCUUGAAAAGUUUCUUGUACAGCUACAGGAGCGAUGCACUAGGACUUAUAAGUGAAGAUUUUAAAUCGGAUGUGAAGAAAUUCAUGGAUAUAAAAUUUGAAAAAACUCAGAGCAACAUAACUUGGGUUUUUUCCCUGAUACAAAAUGGGUCGUUUCCUCGGACGGUUCCAAGUUUAGUUGCAAGUUCAGCGUUCUUUUGUCGUCUUUCACAUAUUAUUAUCCACUUUGCUGUGAUUAUUUUUGCCACCCCAAAACAUAAGGUCGGUCACUUACCCAAACCGUUAUAUUGCAUAAACUGUGAAGACGCUUGCCCCUCUGAUAUUUAGUUUUUCCCAGACGGAAAGAGAAUUGCCGUCACUGUUUGUAUAGAUCCUGAAUUUCCCAUUUAUUAUUUGGAUUGUUUUUGGUUUCGUGUGUACAAACUACCACAUGGUUUGUGGAACGUAGAAGAAUCUUUAAAAGACGGACCAGACCAGUGGAUCUAUCUUAAAGUUGAAUUUAAUGGAGUUGAUUGCAUGAAGUUAGGUUGCCUUUUUUCUAGAUACGAUUUUAAGUCGUAUAAACGUGACUUUCAAGUGACAAAAGAAAGAAAAGAAUGUGGGAAUGAAGGUGGUGUCAAGGAGUAUUUAGAUUUGCAGAUGAUGGAUCAUGAUGAUGGCUUUCGUUGUUUGGCUAUGUCUCCUGAUGCCAGCCGUCUCUUAGCAGGAAGCUUUGAUAGUGAACUGUUGUAUUUUGAUGCUGACAGUUUAAAACUGCUGCAUCGUGUUCGUGUUUAUGAUUAUUGUACAACAAUUGACAGUUGCUGUUACAAUCCAGCGUUUGACCAUAAGGAAUUUGCAAUAUGUGAUCUUUACGGGCUGUUUUGCGUGUUGCGGGUCAUAAGUCUUUCUGACAAUUCUGAUAAUUUUCAUUUAGCCCAUAGCAUAAGAUUUACUGUUUACCCACAACAUCACAAUUACUAUAGUUGGCUAAAUUGUAUAAGUUAUUCUCCUGACGGGAAACAUAUUGCUGUUACUGUAGCUUGUCCUAUUGAUUACAUUGUUAAGACGUUCAUUAUUGGCUCACGUUCUGGUGAAAUUUGUUACACGUUGGAUUGCGUGGAUGAACCAGAUCGACAGUGUUCGAAAACUGAGUGUCUGACCUCGUUCUUUGGUAAUUUGUGUCAAGUUGCUUCAGUUACAAGUGUUCAUCCUCGCGUUUUUUUCUGGAAGUUACCUGUUGUCUACGAUUUAAAAACAUUGUGUUUACUCAAAAUCAAAGCGUUUGUGUCUUAUAAUAACGUUGAAAAACUCAACAUACCUUUUUGUUUAAAGCAAGAGUUGAAGUAUAUUUAUUCUUAAUGUACUUUAAAAAGUCAAUAAAUAACAAUAUUCCGUUGAGCGUUCUAUCGCAACAGUGAUGUUUAAAACUGGACUUCUAUUGGUUAUAUAAGUUGUAAACUUGUGCACUUAUUGACACAACGAGAUAUAGAAAAUCACAAUUAUACUAUUAAAUAUUAAAUUAUUAUACAAUGUUGGUUCAA